AUGGAUGCACUUGGGAGACGUCUCGGAAGGAUUGCUAACCUCACAAGAACUCGAACUUUUCUAGUUUAUUGACGUCAUCAGCGUGCUCAAUGGGAAUAGGAAGCACGCUUGCGCUAUUGAUUUUGAUUAGGCGAUUAUUCUAACUAUGUUAUAACGGUAGUUAACCUGGUGAUGUGAUGACGUCAUCAGUUAAACAACUGUAAAUGCAGGAGCUCAGUAUGUUCAAAACAUGUUCUGAGCAAAGGUGAGGGCUGUUCGAAUCGUUGUUCAUCAAAAAAUGAAAAUGGCUAAAUUUUAUCUCCAUUUUUUGUAGAAUCCAAGAUAUCUAUCAUAGUUCGAUUGUCUUUUCUUUUAUAGAUCACAGAACGAACGUGAAAAAAUGUGCAAACCGUGCACAUACCGUAGGCAAGUGUUUUUACUCCACUUGAUAUCGCGGCUUAUCAAACCGGGCUAAUAUUGACAUUUUACAGACUUCCUUGUAUAACAACGUAACUGCCCAGAGUGGAAACAAGCUAAAUGGUGUGUUUGCUGUUUGAUUUUGAUUCCUCUUUGCUGACUGGAAAUAGCUGAAUGUAAUUUAGAGAACAAAAUGGAAAUCAAUGUUUGGCUUGAUGUUCUUUCUUCCUAAUUUACGUAAUGAAGGACAUAUCGUACAGGAAAAUUAGUGGCAAACGUUUUCCGGAUAUUUGUAUCGUCAUGUCCGAGUCAUCCCUCAAGCUUCUUUGAUUAAUGACAACUGAAACUGACUCUGAAACAUCCUGAGCAAGUGUCAUUGAUUCCGCAACACAAUUCAGUAUUGUCUGUCAGUGGUCGGUGAUAAGUUAAACACUAUUUCUUCCCAUAUAAAAUACCACACUGUCAGUCCGUGUCCCGAUGCGAUGCUGUGAGGACUGUUGAAGAUAAAUAACAAGGUUUCAAAAGGCAAACAAAGGUAGGCAAGACAAACGUUCCAUUCACUUAUAUAUUAGCAAAACUUCCAUUGCCUUAAAGAAAAUUUAAAUUCACUCUGGGUUUAAUUAGAAAUUGCUGAUUGUAAAUAGUUAAUUUUCUGUUAGAUUAGUUAAAGUUACACUGGUAAGUCAAUAGGGAGCUUAAGCGGGACGACAACGACCGCAACGACGACCUCAAAAAAACAAUAGCACGACUACGACGUGAAACCUCCUAAUUUGCCGUUUUACGGAGGACGUGGACAUACGACGACGAAUUUUCCUUCCUCUUUUUGAACCUGAAUAAAAUCCUUAAGAAUUCAACUCCAGAAAAAGUUACCUGCAUUUGACAUAUCGAGCGGGUCCAAAUAGACGCGAAUAAGUUUGAAAGAACGCAAAUUUAUUUUUUCAUAGACGUUUUCACUGUUGUCGUCGUUGUCCUCGCUUAAUGUUCCUAAAUGUACAUUGAAAACCCGCUUUGUGAGUAGUUGAAUGCGGUGGUAUUUUACUAAGGCUGGGUUUACCGUUCGCACUACACUGAAUAGCUUUUGCGACGCCACGAAAAUCAAACUGGAUAGGUCGAGGAUAGGGCUUUUGUUCACAGACAAGGAAGGUGACUUUGGUGCGAUUUUUGUGACAGAGCGAAACUGCGCUACGCCAGUUUCUAAAGUAAAGAGUCGCAUAGAUGUUCAUACUGUAAUUCCCUGCAAAAGUGUCUGUCCAAUCACUACACAAUUCUGCAGCGUUGUUCGUAAAUCAUUGAGCACGGUGACACGGGGGUUACUCCAGAGUGGUGUCAGUGACUCUCACAACCAAAUAAGUGCCAUGUUAAUAUAUUUUAUUUCUGAGUGACUUACUCUUUCACUUCACAAUUCUUCAACUUCCUUAGCAAUGUCUUUCCUCAAAUUGACCCUCUUCUUGGUAGUUCUCUUUCUUCCUCUUUUUCUAUAACUGCUUACUCCUUCUUCUAAAAGCUUACUUUUCAACAGCUCUCUAUUUAUUUGUUUGGUUGUCCAUAAUAUGUUCAUGUUAAUAACAAUGCGUAGGAUACAUUUACGUUCUAAUUAGCAUACGAUUAAUUCGUAACCUAAAAUUUCUUUAAAAAGCUUUUCUUCAGUUCUGGAGCAGAAUAACUACUAAUGAAAACUAACUAAGUAAAGUUCAGUAAAAGAAACACUUUUGCAAGUUACUUUAAACUUGUUUGGACCCUUUAAAGGUAAAACUCAAAGAUACAAACUUCGUUAAUGGUAUACAAAGGACAACUCCCAUAUUCAUAAAUUUGGAAACAAGAUAAAUAGAUGGGACAAAACUUCCUACCUUUAAUUAAUCAAUCCCUAAAAACGGAAAACUUUGUCAGCAAACACUAGCCUUAAAACUCAAGUUUCCUUUGUAAAUUACUAAAAGUGUCCAUUAAAAGAUAAGUAUUUUCCGAGGGACAUCAAGUCAGGAGACAUGAUGUCCCACUCUCAAAAACCUUAUUUACUCACGAACACAGGAAAUGAUAAAGUCUUAACUUAGUUAAAGUCCUAAAGUCAUGGAAUGCAGAAAGAGUGAUUGAGAGGUACAUGGGGGUGUAGAUGGGAGUUUUCUUUGGCUAGUAACCAACUAAAGAAUGACGCACAUGUUCUGAUUCCGUGCGUGAUGCAGGGAAGCACACUUUUUAAUAUUUAUUCUUCUAAAUAUAGAGUUCAUUAGCAAAAUAAUGUGUUUUAUAUCUUAUUUCAAACUUAUUAAUGAACAGUUAAAAUGUUCCAGGACCUAAAAAGCUUCCUACAACGAUAUACGUCAAUAUUCAUUUCAACUUGAUCAGAUAAAAUUUCAUUGUCAGCAAUCAAUCAAGAUCAUUUUUCAUGCUUCUCCUUUUUAUAUUUUAAAUGUUGUUUAUUAGUAUUAUUUUUGACUUAUCCCGUAAAGGAUACAUUUGGCUAAAUCGGGUUAAAUAUCGGUUUCCCUUCAAAAAUCAUUGGAAAGAUAUAUAGGACUUCCACUAGCUUAUAGUAUUUUUCAUAAAUUAGGGAGAUAAGUCCCGUGACAACGGUUUCAGCGUUUUCCCAUUUCUUUCAGUGUUCUUUCCAUCGAGCACUGUUGUUUGGAGGUUUUAUAACUGACCUCCUUGUGAAUAGCAAGGUUUCAGAAGGCAAUAAGAAGUGGGGCGACAUAAUAUUUGUCUCAGUGCAGACAGGGAUGUUAGAAGUAAGGUUUACAUAGAAUUUGAUAAUCAGUGGAACUUUUUUUAAUAGCUAAUUUUCAUGUCAUUUAUACAUGGUUUAAUGAUCUUUAAUCUGAAGGGAGGCUCUUGAUAAAGUAAGGACCGCCGUAUUUAAAUAACAACACCGUAGAAAGCCGGAUUUUGUGAAAUAUAUCUGUGGUUUGAUAUGGGACGAAUUCUACAAAGAUAUUGUUUCAUCUUUUCAAAUGACUUUGGAUUACAUAUUUAACAUUUAAAGUAUAUGUUCAACAAACGCGACUAAUAUUGCUGCUUUUACUUCCGUCUUAAAAUUGCCUAGAAGUUGAAGCUUACUUCCAGCCUGGUUAUAAUUUCGUUAAAUUCAUGACUAGAAACAGGGAGUGGCCUGGUUAGUCAAUUGCAAGUGGUUUAAUAUUUCUUGUUUCUUAAGCCAAAGGAUGAAUGCCGCGAGUGUAGUCUUAAUGUUCUUUGUCGUUCACAAGACACUGAAUUUAGUAUUGCUUACAGUUUUCCCAUUAUUUUAUUCUUGUGUCAUUUUUGACUUCAUGACUGGUUAACUUAAAACCAGGUUUUGUUUUCAGCUCUCAGAGCACUUGAGAAUUAAUGUCAGCUCAUGUCGUAUGCGUGAUCUGUAGAUACAGAAAUUGAUCGGCAACAAUUAGGACUACAACCCUGGUCAAAACAUCUUGAGACAUGAGGAAAUUAGGUGCUAAUUCGCACGCUUCUAAUUAAACUCGUAUUUUCCAUCUUACACAUGAUCGGAAAUGUUGUUGUAAGAGCCUAUUUCUGUCGUCUCCUCCCCCCUCCCCUCUUCCCUCAACAAUGUUGAUUGUGUUCAAAAAGACUUAAAGGUAUAACGUCAACACUGCACCGAGGGGGAGAAGAGGGAAAGUGCGUCAUUUUGACCAACUUUUGCGUUCGUGGCCCCAGCGUUUUUAUCAGGGUUUUAGAUGUAAAGUAGUUAACAUACUUGGGCUUUUAUUUGCUAAUUUAUGUAAUUUACAUUAAAAGAUAUUGGUGAAUCGAGCCGACAAGUUGUCAUGUCAAAAGAGGAAAUAGUUAGCAUCAACCUGCUGGAGGCGGCCAUCGCCCAAAGAAAGUUCUUAAAGCUUGUAGAUGAACAUCCAUGCCUGUAUGUUGGCCCACAUGUUCAAAACGCAGUCAGAAGGUAUGACUGGAGUGUACUUUUUGAACCUUAUUAAAACCGCCUGGUGAAGCCAGGGACAUGGGAGAAUAUUUUUCGUCUCCUUUUCAUCUUGUCCAGCCUUAAAAACUCCCUAAAUAUAUUUUGAAGGCUGCCAUUUGAAAAAAGGGUGGUGAAAUUGUAAUAACGAACAAAAUAUGAGAGGAGGCACGGUCUUACAGGGCGACUUUCGUUACCCUGGGUACAGGCGCUCCCCUCCCCUCAGAAAAAAAAACGGGUCUCUCUCCCCGGGGGCAGGCUACAGAGGCUAGGAAUUUGAUAAAUAUUAAAGACCAAAUUCAGGGGUACCCAACGAGAAUAUAGUUCAAAGCACUUAAACAUAGCAUUGUUGAACGUAUUUUAGUAUUUAAACCGUAGAUAUAGGCAUAUUUUUAUCCCCUAGUCUAGUGAUGUGAAAAUUAUAGGGAUCAAAACUUACCUUUUCAAAAAUUUCAGCCAGAAAACUGAAGGCUCCCGAAAAUUCUGGGUGACCUUUUCAGUGUAAAAAUCCGUUCAAAAUGGGCAAUAAUACCAUUUUUCAGAAGUUCGAAAAUCCUAGGAGAGGCAGGCAAGCAAGACAUUUACAACAAAUGUUCCGAAAAAUCUGGAUCUUAAAUCGUCUUCCGAACAGAUAUUUUCCAAGCAUUGUCGUUGGGUGCCCCUGCAAAUUCAUAUUUGGGACUAGAGAGGAGAGACUCCAUCUUCCUACGUAAUUUCUGGCUGCAAGCUACGGCAAAGAACCUAAACAUAGACGAAGCAAAAAUAAUUCUUAGUAAGUGCACGUGACUUGCAAACAAAGCGAAAGGCAAGGAUAUGAUUGCAGACUACAUUGCACUGGUAUGGAUGGGGCUUCAUGGGUCGUAAGGACUGCAUCUUGGAUCAGCCAUCUGAAAUAAAUUUUUUUAAAAGUGGGAUUAACUGAAUGCAUACAUGUUAAAUCAACUAUAUUUGAAUUCAGGGCACCACCCCUUCUCUUAUCACCUGCCUUGACAGGGUUAUUAUUAAUUUUUUUUUUCAAGUAGUUUUUUACAUGGGAUGUUUCUAUUUUGGGUUUAGAUAUGAAGUCUUCUGGCUUCCACUAAUCGCUGAGUUCCCAGAUGCAACAGUUGCUGCUCCUCUUGACAUUGCUUGGGUUUGGCACGUGCAUAUGCUUUCACCUCUCGCUUAUGAAAGGGAUUCCAACGAGAUUGUCUCAACAUUGGUGGACCAUAAAAUCCUUGUAGGAGAAGAGCGGGAAGCUGGACUUCAAAAGGCGAAGCUCCUAUGGCACCAACGGUACGGCAAUGAGCCCUUUGAAGUUGACCUGUCAGCCCCUGCCAGUAUCGUACUUCACGUGUCAAGAAUCCAAUAUGAUAUCGUGGCUGGAUGCAGUCGCCAGAGAGUCUUUUACUAUCAGGUUUCCUUACCUCAUUAUGGAGACAGGACGUUUCUUAAAGAAGCUGUUGAAAGAUACAAACAACAUCUGCGGUUCGCUCAAAGUCAUCCAGGUACGUUCCUGGUCCCGUGUUUUGACUCCGAUCUCAUAUGGCAUGCGCACCAAGCUCAUCCGCUGGCUUACAGAACUGACAGUAUGAAGUUCCUGGGGAAAGUUCUUGGUCACGAUGAUUCUGUUAACGAUCGCCAGCCAGGCUCGAAACGUUCGACAUCCGCGCAAACAACAAAGCAGCUGUGGUCAGCUGCUAACAUGGAAUAUGAAAGAAAUGGAAGCUUGUAUCGAGGUGAACCUCCAUUAACCAUUGAAGAACGUGGUAAGCCCGUCGAUUACUCUUCGACGUUGAUAAAUGAGUACUCAAUAGAUGUUCUGGAGAUAGAGAUUGGAAUUUCUGAAUCCAAUUGGUAUGAACUGAGAGUUGAUGUAAGCAAAAAAGACAGUGGAAACGUCUUCAUCGUGAAGAAAUUUAAAGGACCUGCUGCCCAUAUUUUUCAUCCUCCUCCUGAUCGUCCUUCAACGUUCGUAUGCCGAAAAGAAACCAACAAUUUCUUUCAGGUAUGAUGGCAUUCUAAACUUCUAGAGGUCUUAGUCGAUCCACAAAUCAAUCAAUCAGUCAAUCAGUCAUGGUUUAUUUUUUAUAUUUUCCCUCAAAGUUUCUUUAUAGGAGAUAUAUUACUCCAUAAAACAUGAAUAGGAAUAUAUGAAAUGACUCACGUAGACGGUGAAUGAACUAGUGACCAAAGCAAAUCGAGCCCUGACCCAUGCGAUUGACUGGAUGCUAAGUUCUGUCCUAUCCAUUAAGCUGAUCAAGCAAACGAGAGACCUAAUCUAUUUGUCUAAUCACAAACUUAUGAUUGAAAUAGGUCGAUAUCAGGUCGAUCAUGUGCCCAUGUGGAAUCCGGAAUCUUGGAAAUUGUUGCCUGUGGAAUCCGAAUACGGCUGUGGGAAUCAAAAAUCCCACUAAAAAUUAGAAUCAGGAAUCCUGGGCCUUGGAAUCCGAAUACACGUGUGGGAAUCAAGAAUCCCACUAAAAAUUGGAAUCCAGAAUCCUGGGCCUUGGAAUCUGAAUACACCAGUAGGAAUCCAGAAUCCCACUAACAACUGUAAUCCGGAAUCCAAGUUCCACUGAAAAGAUCUGGGACCCAGCAAUUGGAUUCCGGAAUCCAUGGCGUGAAAUCCGGAAUGUAAGACUGGCUUGGAUUCCCUUACGUGGGGCGAAUUGUGUGAAUCAAACCAAGUUGAAAAUGAGACCCAUUUCCUGUUUCGGUGUUAGAAAUACUUUGCACAGCGGCAGAGUAGACUAUUAGUAGCUGCUACUAUGUUAUGGUGACAUUCUUGAUUGGUUUCUGGUUAAUGUAACUUGUCUUUGAACAGAAUCCUGUUAAAUAACUCAGAAAUGUGUACUUGUUUACGGCACAGGUUGAAAUGUACCGGAAACGUCGACUUGGGUGCUGUUUUGUGGGAAUGGCUGAGGAAUCAGACCAACGUUGCCUUUUGAAAUUGGAGCCGUUCAUACAGAGACGUCUUGAGGCUCCACAGGUCAUAACACAGAGGGAGUAUUUCUCAAGUGAAAACUAUGUUAAAAUUACUGCUGUUGUCCAUCCGCCUUCGCCUAGAGAGUAUCGGUUUAGGAUCAAACCGGAGGAAAGUCUAAGCGACAUGAGUGACGCUGCAACCAUUUUAAGCACUCCAAUGUUAUCUGUGUUCAAGACCUUAUCUUUUACGCCAUCGGUAGAAUGCCAGCUGCAGAAGGUAUUUGACUUCCAUGAUCGCCUGGCUUUUUCCUGUCGAGUAAUGCACAAGGGGGGAAUGGGACGAGGAAAUCACCCAGUGUCUGUAGUAGUCAUCAACAAUGCUGGAGAUAUUGUAAGUACAGCACAUCUUCUCCAAAGGAGUACUCUUCCAAGCUGGAAGCAAGUCAUGAAUGACCGGAAAGGAUGUUGUACCCUAGAGGACAACGAAAGAGCUAUGUUGAUUAGAGGAAGUAAAGAUUGGGGGAUCUGUAUCGGUAGGUGGGAAAAUCGAUGUGCCAUAAAAUUCUUUUCUCUUAUUGAGAAACAAGAAUGGAAAUCUGUUGUAUCUAACCCAGAAGAAUUUUCGAUAGAGCUCAGCAAUAAAAUGCCCUUUCGUGUGGACCUUAGGAAUGGUAUCAUUGUUAUUCCUCCAGAUGUUUCUUACAUACCAGAAACAAUUGCACUUGGGUUUGCUAUUGCAAUCCUCUUUGUCCUUUGUCAGCCAAUUUUAAACGAAACACUUUAUUAUGACCCAAGUUGUCGUUGUAGCAAUUACCCUACAAAGAUAAAAAUUCCGGGAAACUUGAGGUUCGCAGUGGCAGUCGGUUACGACGCCGACAAGUUUAAGAAUCACAUUAUAAGAACCACUUGUGCAAGAUGUUUGGAAUCGCAUAGGAGGAAAAUGGAAAGGGAAAGGGAAAGGGAAAGGAAAAGGAAAAUGGAAAGGGAGAGGAAAAGGGAAAUGGAAAGGGAAAGGAAAGCUUAUUCUACAACAAUAGUUUCUAAUUCAUUAUUUAGUUUCGGUUGUUGGUUUGAUGACGGUGGGUGUGAUGGCGGUGGGUGUGAUGACGGUGGGUGUGAUGACGGUGGGUGUGAUGACGGUGGGUGUGAUGGCGGUGGGUGUGGUGACGGUGGAUGUGGUGGUUGCUAAAAUGAUUACGGAAAUGGUCAAAACAGUGGGUAACGAUGAUGUUAACACUGCAGGUGUUGUAUUGCCGCGAUGAUCAUGAUUGAUGAUCGAUGGUGAUGACGAUGAGGAUAAUGCAGCCUAAAUGAGAUCAACCAACUAAAGACGGCUAGCAACUGAAGGUGAUAAAAUGAACAAACAGGAACAAUGAUGAAACCUUUACAAAGCUACUCUUGCAUGGACAUUAAUGUCGUUAAAGUCCGUUUUAAUAUGAGGUAUUCCUCGAGAACAUUAAGUAAUAAGAAGUUUAUUAACCACAGCUUGCAACUUUUGAACACACAUUGCUUGUCCUUUCCAGGUUAUGAAUGGAAACAUUUUAUUAUUAGGCAAAAAAACUUUGAAAUUCCGCCAUUUUUUCAAACCCGGCCAGAGGAUCUGGGCAAAAACGUUCACGCAUGCUCAUUACGUUUUUCCGCCCUGAAGGCUGGCGCCGCAUUUCUGCGUUUACUAAUUAACGGAAACUGAAAACUGCUUAAUAAUAAAAAUUAUUACCAUGUAAUAAAGUUCUUUUUACAGAUGGCCUUUGUCACAUAAUGUAGUUUUCAAUAGGGCACUGGGGCACUGCAUAAAAAGCUAAAAACCUACAGUACUAAAAAUUACAAGAUAUUAAAAUAGGUGAACUAAAAAAACGUCACACUAAGCUAACGUAUUGAGAUUUAAAAUCUUUAAGUAAUGAAAUUUUAAAAGCAUUUUAAGGUAGACAUCUCAUGUCUUCAGGAAGGGAAUUCCAGUCUGUCAAUACACUAUUAAAGAUCUGAGUAGAGCCCAGUUCGUGUUUGAUCUAAUAAAUCUAAUAGUUUCCUUGGAGCGGGUGUUAUGGCUAUGAUAGUCUGAGUCUCGAGUAUUCACUGUCAUUAGUAAAAUUGUGCAUAAAAAAACAUCGUUGCAUUAAUCUUCUGGCUGAUAGAUUCAUUCAGUUCAGAUCUAGAAGUGCUUCGGUUGAAGAAGAAUGCGUCGCUUGCUCCAGAACUAGCUUGGCUGCUUUAUCCUGAAGAACUUGGAUAGAAUACAUUAAAACUAUGUUAUUUUUGUAAACCCAUACGAUACUUGCAUAUUCAAGAAUAGAAAUGACCAUUGUUGACACAUAGAUCCUUCUUGCAUAAACUGGGAGAAGAUGCUUGAUUCGUUUUAAGACACCUAGUCUCGUUGCUAUUCUACUUUGUAGUUGUUCAAUGUGGUCAUGCCAAGUAAGAUGCCGGUCUAU